GGGGGUGUGGUUGUCGUGAAGUGGGUUUCAGCAAGUCAUAACUUUCACGCUUCCUCCGCACCCUCUGGCCUUUGCUGCUGCUGCAGUGAAUCCAUGUGGAGUGUUUUGCUUGCUCGGAUUCCUGAAACCCACCACCACCUCCAUCUCUUUGUUUGCUUCCCAUCCCCAUCUCUCUCCUCUUUCUAAUCUUUGCCAUCUUGUGAUCUCCCUUUGUACUUGCUCUGGAUUCGUAGCAGAUACAUGGAGAUGGCUGCCACCCUGCGUCUCCGCUCCCGACGCUCCCAAAUUAUUGGCCUCUGAACCCAUUCCUUCCCCGCCUUCCCUUCUUCCUCUCCACCACCUCCCCGCAUCCUCCCCUCUUUACACCGAUCCAUCGCUCGCCAACUCAUGUCUCUCGACCCGGAAUGCCCCCGGCCAGCCCCACCGCCGCCACUGCCAACUGCAGCAGCCAACGUGCCAUGAACGGCUUACGGUCGGAUGCCCACGUCGCCCAGCAGAGCCGCCGCGACAAGCUCCGGGUACAGUCUGACCUCCUCCAGGUCCGCGACGCCUCCGAACCGGCCAUGUUCUCCUCCCCGGCCGCCUCAGCAGCCACGGACUUCACGGGCGGCAGCCAAGUCCCCCUCGUCGCUCCUUCCGCGUCGUCGCUGAUCUUAAGCGAGGGCGCCGCUGCUUUCCAGCCCCAGCCCGGUUGCGACUGGGCUCCGCCUCCUUCCUUUGUUCCGCACGGUCAUCCCUACCACCACCAACCGAGGCCCGGCUUCGUCGGUUAUCACGACGGAUCGACGGACUUGCACUUCGUGUCGCCCUCAUCGCCGCUCGCGUGCCAAGGCCGAGAAUUCGCCUCCGCGAUCGCGCAACAGCCGUGCCCGUGGGCCGUCGAGGGUGGCGGGAACGAGCUGCUGUUCCUGCCCACCUAUGCCGGGGAAUCGCCCGGUGCCAUGCUGAUGGCCAGGCAGCUGCCUCCGCAGUGGAGCGGAGAUGGAAAUAUCAUGGGCGCCAAGUGCGAUGACGCUGCCGUCGGGGCUAGCGAUCCGAGAGCGGCGAGAGGCCUGUCCCUGACGCUCGCGUCGAGCCCGGUGCCGGAGCUCGGCGCGGCGCAGUUGGCGGCCGGGCCUUCCUGCCCCUACCCCAAGUUCCUGAUCGGGGACCGAGUGUACACCGGCGGGGGAUCACUACAAGACGUGGUGAGCCUGCCCAGCGACGCCGCUGCCCGCCGUGGCUCCGGCCCUCUCGGCCCGUUCACCGGCUACGCCACCAUACUGAAGAACUCCAGAUUCCUGAGGCCAGCGCAGCAGCUGCUCGACGAGUUCUGCAGCGCCGUCACGGGCUUGAAGCUCGCCAAGCGGUGCCACAUCGGAGAAGCGAGUCCAGGAGCUUCAAGCAGCGGCCGCGACGUCGGCGAGAAGGACAACAGCUCCAAGGGAGUGAAUUCCGGCGCGUCAUCCUCGAUGGAGGCCGGAGCCGAAGCCGGGGGCGCAGCCAAAGUCCACCGACCGGAAUUCCAGCAGAAGAAGGCAAAGCUCCUCCACAUGCAGGAAGAGGUUUGCAGAAGAUACAAGCAGUACCACCAACAAAUGCAAAUGGUGGUCUCCUCCUUCGAGUCCGUGGCCGGCCUCAAUUCCGCCACGCCCUACACGUCGUUGGCGCUGAAGGCCAUCUCGAAGCACUUCAGGAGCUUAAAGAACGCGAUCUCAGAUCAGAUCCGGCACGUAAGCAAAGUUCUCGGGGAGGAACUCAUGUCAUCACCCAGUUCCGGUGGUCGAGGGGAAUCGACGCCAACCCCCCCGCGGCUCAAGUACCUCGAUCAAAGCCUCCUUCGGAAACACAAGGCUGGUGGCGAAAGCACACUGAGCUUCGUGGAUCACAACCAGCCGGUUUGGCGGCCGCAGAGAGGUCUACCGGAGCGUGCCGUAUCCGUUCUCCGUGCAUGGCUGUUCGAGCAUUUCCUUCACCCGUAUCCGACCGACACCGAUAAGCACAUGUUAGCAACUCAGACGGGCUUGUCCAGGAAUCAGGUGUCGAACUGGUUCAUCAAUGCCAGAGUGAGGCUGUGGAAGCCCAUGAUAGAGGAGAUCCACAUGCUGGAGACCAAGGGGAUGAGCGGAAUGGAUCUCAAUUCCGCCACCAACGGGAAGGAGACGAUGGUCGCCGUGACGGAAGACGGAGCGCACUCGUCGACGUAUCACGACCCGCCGGAUUGCGCCCCCAUGGAUGCGGUACUGUUGAACGAGGAGGGGUCGCAGCAGCAGGCUUGGCAGGGCGGCGACAAGAGGUCGAGGGUGGAAGAGUGCGAGAUGCUGACGGGCAUGGACGGGGGGCUGAUGAGCUUCGCCACCUACCAGCACGCCAUGGACAUGGGCGGGAUCGAGGCGGUGUCGUUGACGCUGGGGCUGAGGCACGAGGGCGGCCAGCAGACGCCGCCGCAGAUGAGGCACUUGGGGGCACAGAUGUUCCAUGACUUCGUGGGCUGAGAGCCUUGGCGUCACCGCAGGUUUUGAUGCAUCCCAAUCCCGGUGGGGAUGCGGCCGCUGCCAGUAAUCUGCCCUUUCUAGUAUAGCGUAUGCCUUUCUCGUCACAGAGGACUCUCAAACUUCGAUGAACGUUCCACAUUGCCUAUGAAGAGGUUUUGCUAUUUAUUUA